GCCUCAGAGUUUGGCGAAGGCUUCUGUGCAAGGACGGGUCAUCGGGCUUUCCCUCCAUCGUUGGAUACAGUGCUCCAAGGACCAUGGUCUGCUGAGAAAGAGGAGGAACUCCACGGGGGCACGAGUGACACUCCAUUAAACAUACAGCAGGGGAACAGCAGAAGCAGGCCAAGCCGGAAGAAGUGGGAAGCAGCUUUAAACAUAACAAGGGGACAGGUGCGGUAGGGCAAAAAUGGAAAACGCCCAUGCCAAAUCAGGGGAAGAAUGCCUGGCUUACUUUGGAGUAAGUGAGCAUACAGGCCUCUCUCCUGAGCAGGUGAAGAGGAGCCUGGAAAAAUAUGGACCCAACGAACUCCCAGCUGAAGAAGGCAAAACUAUAUGGGAGCUGGUGGUGGAACAAUUUGAAGACUUGCUUGUGAGAAUUCUCCUGCUCGCAGCCUGCAUCUCUUUCGUGCUGGCAUGGUUUGAGGAGGGUGAAGAGACUGUCACCGCAUUUGUGGAACCAUUUGUCAUCCUAUUGAUCCUGAUUGCCAAUGCCAUUGUUGGAGUAUGGCAGGAACGAAAUGCCGAGAAUGCCAUUGAGGCCCUAAAGGAGUAUGAACCUGAAAUGGGCAAAGUCUAUCGAUCUGACAGGAAGGCUGUACAGAGAAUAAAGGCCAAAGACAUAGUCCCUGGCGACAUUGCAGAGGUGGCAGUUGGUGACAAAGUUCCAGCUGAUAUCCGCAUCAUUUCCAUCAAAUCCACUACUCUGCGUGUGGACCAGUCUAUUCUGACAGGUGAAUCUGUCUCUGUGAUCAAACAUACUGAUCCUGUCCCAGAUCCCCGGGCUGUAAAUCAGGACAAGAAAAACAUGCUGUUUUCUGGUACCAACAUUGGUGCCGGCAAAGCUAUUGGCAUCGUCAUCGCCACAGGUGUGAGCACUGAAAUUGGUAAGAUCCGCGAUGAAAUGGCGGCCACAGAGCAAGAGAAGACGCCAUUACAGCAGAAACUAGAUGAGUUUGGUGAGCAGCUGUCCAAAGUCAUUUCCCUCAUCUGUGUGGCUGUCUGGCUCAUCAACAUUGGGCAUUUCAAUGACCCCAUACAUGGCGGCUCCUGGAUCCGCGGCGCCAUCUACUACUUCAAGAUUGCUGUUGCCCUCGCUGUGGCUGCCAUCCCAGAAGGCCUUCCCGCUGUCAUCACGACCUGUCUAGCUCUGGGGACUCGCCGUAUGGCCAAGAAAAAUGCCAUUGUCAGAAGCCUGCCCUCAGUGGAGACCUUGGGCUGCACCUCCGUCAUCUGUUCCGACAAAACUGGCACCCUGACUACCAACCAAAUGUCGGUUUGCAAGAUGUUUGUUGUGGACAAAAUAGAGGGAGAUUUUUGUGCCUUGAAUGAAUUCAGUAUCACUGGUUCCACCUACGCCCCCGAAGGAGAAGUAUUUAAGAAUGACAAACAAGUCAAAACUGGACAAUAUGAUGGUCUCGUUGAACUGGCCACAAUUUGUGCCCUUUGCAAUGAUUCUUCGCUGGAUUUCAACGAGUCCAAAGGUGUAUAUGAGAAGGUUGGUGAGGCCACUGAAACUGCCCUUACCUGCUUGGUUGAAAAGAUGAAUGUCUUCAACACAGAUGUACGAAAUCUCAGCAAGGUGGACCGUGCCAAUGCCUGCAACUCAGUGAUCAAACAACUCAUGAAGAAGGAAUUCACCCUGGAGUUCUCUCGUGACAGGAAGUCCAUGUCUGUCUAUUGCUCUCCAGCCAAAGCUUCUAGGGCUGCUGUUGGUAACAAGAUGUUUAUCAAGGGUGCCCCCGAGGGUGUGAUUGAUCGUUGUAACUAUGUUCGUGUGGGCACCACACGCGUUCCCCUUACUGCCACUGUUAAGGACCACAUAUUGGGAGUCAUCAAAGAGUGGGGCACAGGACGGGAUACCCUCCGUUGCUUGGCAUUGGCCACUCGUGACACCCCACCAAAGAAAGAAGACAUGUAUUUAGAAGAUUCCACCAGAUUUAUUGAUUAUGAGACUGACCUGACUUUUGUGGGCUGCGUAGGAAUGUUGGAUCCCCCCCGCAAAGAAGUCUCUGGAUCCAUUGAACUGUGCCGUGAAGCUGGCAUCCGCGUCAUCAUGAUCACCGGCGACAACAAAGGUACCGCUAUUGCCAUCUGUCGCCGCAUCGGCAUCUUCGAGGAAAAUGAAGAAGUGACUGGCAGAGCCUACACUGGCCGGGAGUUUGACGACUUGCCCGCUGCUGAGCAACGGGAAGCCUGCAAAAGAGCUUGCUGCUUUGCACGGGUUGAGCCCACACACAAGUCAAAGAUCGUGGAGUUCCUGCAGAGCUUCGAUGAGAUCACUGCCAUGACUGGUGAUGGUGUCAAUGAUGCCCCGGCUCUGAAGAAAGCCGAAAUUGGGAUUGCCAUGGGCUCUGGCACUGCAGUGGCCAAGACUGCCUCUGAAAUGGUGUUGGCCGAUGAUAACUUCUCCACUAUUGUGGCUGCAGUGGAGGAAGGCCGGGCCAUCUACAACAACAUGAAACAAUUCAUUCGCUACCUCAUCUCCUCUAACGUGGGUGAGGUUGUCUGUAUCUUCCUUACAGCCGCCCUCGGUCUCCCUGAAGCCUUGAUCCCUGUACAGCUGCUUUGGGUGAACCUGGUGACAGAUGGGCUUCCAGCCACUGCCUUGGGUUUUAACCCCCCUGAUUUGGACAUCAUGAACAGGCCACCACGUAGUCCCAAGGAGCCCCUGAUUAGCGGUUGGCUCUUCUUCCGCUACAUGGCCAUUGGAAUGUAUGUCGGAGCGGCCACUGUUGGGGCUGCCGCCUGGUGGUUCUUAUAUGCUGAGGAUGGACCUGGAGUGACUUACCAUCAGUUGUCCCAUUUCAUGCAAUGUACAGAAGACCACCCUCACUUUGACGGCUUGGACUGUGAGAUCUUUGAGUCCUCUGUCCCCAUGACCAUGGCUUUGUCUGUCUUGGUCACCAUUGAGAUGUGCAAUGCGCUCAACAGCCUUUCAGAGAACCAGUCCUUAGUACGGAUGCCCCCCUGGGUGAACAUCUGGCUUCUGGGAUCUAUCUGCCUCUCCAUGUCUCUGCAUUUUGUCAUCCUUUACGUUGAUCCCCUGCCUAUGAUCUUCAAACUGACACACCUGGACUUGCAUCACUGGCUCAUGGUGUUGAAGAUAUCUUUGCCCGUCAUCUUUCUGGAUGAAUGUCUCAAAUUCGUUGCCCGGAACUAUCUGGAGCCAUAAACUCCUUCCCCCUCUAUUCUCCUGUAUCCUGCCUCCCAGGUAUCUUACUGUACAACCCACAAUUGCAUGCUUUGUUUGUUCUCUGGCAAUUCCUUCAUA